GGAAACGCGUUGACAGCUUCCUUUUCCGAUAUCCAUUUUGGAAGUGUAUUGUUCUCGUAAGAGCUAAGGCCAAAAUCGGCGACUUACACAGAUUUACUUAUUAAUCGUUAAGUUACAGCAACAAAAAACGAAAGAUUAACAGUUAUGGCUUCUAAUAACGAACUUGCGUGUGUAUAUGCCUCUUUAAUCUUGGCUGAUGAUGGUGUUACUAUCACGGCUGAUAAGAUCCAGGCUGUUUUGAAAGCCGCUGGUGUCUCUGUCGAACCCAUUUGGAUCAACUUGUUUGCUAAAGCUCUAGGAGAUUUGGACAUCAAAGAAUUAGUAGCUAAAGUUGGAAGUUCAGCCGGUUCUGCCCCUGCUGCUGCUGCCCCAGCUGCUGCUAGUGGUGCUGACGCUGGAGCUGCCGAAUCCAAAAAGGAAGAGAAAAAGGAAGAGUCCGAAAGUGAAGAUGAUGAUAUGGGAUUCGGUAAGCAUUGGUUUUAG